AUGGGGCAAAUAACAGUCGAGUUGUACCACAAGCACGCUCCGAAGACGUGCAGAAACUUCUUGGAACUCUCACGGAGAGGGUACUACAAUGGCACCAAGUUCCACCGAGUGAUUAAGGAUUUUAUGGCUCAAGGCGGUGAUCCCACAGGGACUGGACGAGGAGGCGAGUCUAUCUAUGGAGCCAAGUUUGAGGAUGAGAUAACGCGCGAGCUGAAGCACACGGGUGCGGGUGUGCUCUCCAUGGCCAAUGCCGGGCCCAAUACCAAUGGCAGCCAGUUUUUCCUCACCCUCGCCCCCACUCCCUGGCUCGAUGGCAAGCACACCAUAUUUGGCCGUGUGUCGCAUGGAAUGGACGUGCUGAAACGGCUGGGCAACGUGCAGGCCGACAGGACUGACAGACCCAUCCAUGAUGUGAAAAUUAUCAAGGCACGUAAUCGAGCAGCACCAGCUUCCAUGGCGCCAUCAGCGCGCUCCGUCGUCAGGGCUCGCUUGCUCCUGCCGUCCAACCCCUCCGCGAGUUACGCCGAGUACACCUGCCGCGUCGCAUUCCAGGCCCACUCGCGUCGCGAUGGCGUGUGCGACGCGUACAUUGCAUCUGGACGUCAGGUGUAUCACUGUCAGGUGCCGAUAGGUCAGGAGAAUCUGUUGCAGCAGGGCAAGGCGCAGGUGCUUCUGCCGCACCCUGUGGGGCUCCCAACCGGGACCAUGUUGCUCGUAUGCCGCUGCCAUCUCCUUCUCCCCCCUUCCUCCCCUCCCACGUCGCUUCUCUCCCCACACAUGGCAGUGACUCCUGAUUCCAUCUGCCACCUCUCCCCCUCCCCCUGCGGCAUCACUGAGCCGGGACCAUGCUGCACUGCCAUCUCUGUCACAGGGCCCUCCACAAUUCGGGUGGCCACCUCUCGUUUCUUCCCCCGAUCAGUGGACCUGCACGACCCAGCUUCCCCCUCCCCCGCUUCCCCCUUGCGCACAUUCCGCCUGCCCUUCCCCCCCGCUGCUGUGGUUGAAGGGGUUCGGCUGCUGGUAGUGUGCGAAGGCCCUCAGCUCAGCAUCUGGGACGAGCGGGCUGCUGAAAACGGUGGCUGCAUUCAGCGAAUCACCGUCUCUCCUGCUGCCGAGCCUCUCUACGCCCUAGCCUCGACAGCAGGCCCGGGACCAGGCUCGGUAACAGGCUUGGUGGCAGUGGGAGGGGCUGAGCGCACUGUAGCUGUGUACGACGUGCGGAAUUGGGCGGCAAGAGGCCGAUGGGUCGGCUGCGUUCGGCAGGACGUGAUGGGAAUAGCUUUCCCUGUGGCUGGUGAGGGCGCGUGCAAAGAGGAUGUGGGGUGUGCACACCGGGAGGAGGAGUUGGAUAUGGACAGAGGAGGAUUGGGAGAGAGAGGAGGGGGAGGCAGAGGGGCCAGGGAAGCCGAUGGAGAAGCAGAAGCAGCAGAAGCGGAAGCAGCAGAAGCGGAAGCAGCAGGGGAGGGGAGCAAAGGGGCAUCGCGAGUGCACCAGUCGUUCCGAGGAGACAGUGCCUGGUGUGGCAUUGCAAGGGACUUCAACUCCAAUCUGCUUGCCAGCUGGUGCAUGUCUGGAAGCUUCAUACUUGCCGACUGGACAUGCUGA